UGUGUGCGUGCGUGUGUGUGUGUGUGUGUGUGUGUGAGUGAGUGAGUGAAUUCCAGAUUUUCUGUCUUUCCCAAACCCGCUCCUGUCCUCUCGCAUAUCACUCACAGACGGGGAUCUGACAGCAGCCACAAACCGGCAGUGAGUGAUCCCCCUGCACGGAGCCGCCAUAGAGAUCGGCGAGGAGGAGGAGGAAGAGCAGGAGGAGGUGGAGGAGGAGGAAGGAAAGAGCAGAAGGAAAAAGAAGAAGAAAAAGAAGAAGAAACCCACUACCUUCCCAGGAUUGCCUUUUCUCCCCCGUAUCUUUACGCGCGCGUGUGCGUGUGGCGCGUGUGCGCCCCUCGUCCCUUCCAUCUGAACCCGGGCUUGGAUGUUUAAUAAAGAAAUCAAGUGUUUCAACAGUCACCAAAAAAAAAAGCAAAAACAAAAAAAAAAUUCCAAAAGCAAAAACAAAAAAAGAAAGAGAGAGAGAGAGGAAAAAAAAUCCAAAACAAACAAACAAACAAGGCAGAGCCAACCUCUACUUCAACCCAGCCGGCACCAGCCACCGUGUCUGCCACCGGAGAGGGGGGUCUCUGGCCCGUGGUGGAGGAGUUGCAGGGGGGAUCGUCAGGGGGACAGAGGCCGAGUGACGUCCUAGGAGCCACCGGGCGAGAGGCGGAGGAGACCCAGAGAGGCCAGAGAGACAGCGGGCCCCCGCGCGCGGCUCGGGCUGGGGCGCCAGAAGCGGGCCUGGAGCGAAGUAGAGAGAUGCCCAGGAGGAAACAGCAGGCACCCAAGCGGGCGGCAGGCUAUGCCCAGGAGGAACAGCUGAAGGAAGAGGAAGAAAUAAAAGAGGAAGAAGAGGAGGAGGAGGACAGUGGCUCGGUAGCUCAGCUUCAAGGCAGCAAUGACACAGGGACGGACGAGGAGCUAGAAACAGGCCCGGAGCCGAAGGGCUGUUUCAGCUACCAGAACUCUCCGGGAAGUCAUUUGUCCAAUCAGGACGCUGAGAACGAGUCUCUGCUGAGUGAUGCCAGUGACCAGGUGUCAGACAUCAAGAGCGUCUGCGGCCGAGAUGCCUCGGACAAGAAGGGGAGCACUCACCCCAAGCUUCCAAACGAAGCGCACAACUGCAUGGAUAAGAUGACCGCCGUCUAUGCCAACAUCUUGUCGGAUUCCUAUUGGUCAGGCCUGGGCCUUGGCUUCAAGCUGUCCAAUAGCGAGAGGCGGAAUUGUGACACCCGAAACGGCAGCAACAAGACUGAUUUCGAUUGGCACCAAGACGCCCUGUCCAAAAGCCUGCAGCAGAACUUGCCUUCCAGAUCGGUCUCUAAGCCGAGCCUGUUCAGCUCGGUCCAGCUGUACCGGCAGAGCAGUAAGAUGUGCGGGACCGUGUUCACGGGGGCCAGCAGGUUCCGGUGCCGACAGUGCAGCGCCGCCUACGACACCCUCGUGGAGUUGACUGUGCACAUGAACGAAACGGGCCACUACCAAGAUGACAACCGCAAGAAGGACAAGCUUAGGCCCACGAGCUAUUCGAAGCCCAGGAAAAGGGCUUUCCAGGAUAUGGACAAGGAGGAUGCUCAGAAAGUUCUGAAAUGUAUGUUUUGCGGUGACUCCUUCGAUUCCCUCCAAGAUUUGAGCGUCCACAUGAUAAAAACAAAACAUUACCAAAAAGUGCCUUUGAAGGAGCCAGUACCAACCAUUUCUUCGAAAAUGGUCACUCCGGCAAAGAAGCGUGUUUUUGACGUCAAUCGGCCGUGUUCCCCCGAUUCCACGACAGGGUCCUUUGCUGAUUCGUUUUCCUCUCAGAAGAAUGCCAGUGUGCAGCUGUCCUCCAACAACCGCUACGGCUACCAAAACGGAGCCAGCUACACCUGGCAGUUUGAGGCCUGCAAGUCCCAGAUCUUAAAGUGCAUGGAGUGCGGGAGCUCCCAUGAUACCUUGCAGCAGCUCACCACUCACAUGAUGGUCACCGGUCACUUUCUCAAGGUCACCAGUUCUGCCUCCAAGAAAGGGAAGCAGCUGGUGUUAGACCCCCUGGCAGUGGAGAAAAUGCAGUCGUUAUCAGAGGCUCCAAACAGUGAUUCUCUGGCUCCGAAGCCAUCGAGCAACUCUGCGUCUGACUGCACCGCCUCCACCACGGAGGGAAAGAAGGAGAGUAAGAGAGAAAAGCUGGAGGAAACCAACAGGGACGAGAAAGUGGUGAAAAGUGAGGAGUUUGAAGAUCCUCUACAAAAACCUUUAGACCCCACUAUAAAAUACCAAUACCUAAGGGAGGAGGAUCUGGAGGAUGGCUCGAAAGGUGGAGGGGACAUUUUGAAGUCUUUGGAAAAUACUGUUACCACCGCUAUCAACAAAGCCCAAAAUGGGGCUCCCAGCUGGAGCGCCUACCCCAGCAUCCACGCAGCCUACCAGCUGUCGGACGGCGCCAAGCCCACUUUGCCUAUGGGGUCCCAGGUACUUCAGAUGCGCCCUAACCUGGCCAACAAGCUAAGGCCAAUUGCACCAAAGUGGAAAGUCAUGCCUCUCGUUCCUGUGCCCCCCAACCUAGCCCCCUACACUCAAGUGAAGAAGGAGUCAGAAGACAAAGAUGAAGGCGUGAAAGAGUGUGGAAAAGAAAGUCCCCACAGAGAGGCCCCGUCUUUCGGCCACAAUGACGGGGAUUCUUUCUCCAAAAGCGAAGCGUCUUCUGAAUCCAAAAAGGCUGAGCCGUGUUCUCUGAAGGAGGAGGAUAAGCAAAUGAAAGAGGGUGGUGAGAAGGAGAAACCCCCACCCUCGGAGCCAGGGUCUUCACUCAGCAAUGGCUGUGCUCUGGGCAACCACACUCCGGCCCUGCCAUGCGUCAACCCACUCAGCGCCCUGCAGUCCGUCCUGAACAAUCACCUGGGCAAAGCCACAGAACCCUUGCGCUCACCCGCCUGCUCCAGCCCAAGCUCAAGCACAAUGUCUAUGUUUCACAAGUCCAGUCUCAGUGUCAUGGACAAGCCGGUGUUGAGUCCCGCCUCCGCGAGGCCGGCCAGCGUGUCCAGACGCUACCUGUUUGAGAACAAUGAUCAGCCCAUCGACCUGACCAAGUCCAAAAGCAAGAGAGCCGAGUCCUCGCAAGCACAAUCCUGCACGUCCCCACCUCAGAAGCACGCUCUGUCCGACAUCGCCGACAUGGUCAAAGUCCUCCCCAAAGCAACCACCCCAAAGCCUGCCGCAUCCUCGAGGGUCCCCCCUAUGAAGCUAGAGAUGGAUGUCAGGCGUUUUGAGGAUGUCUCCAGUGAAGUCUCGACUUUGCAUAAAAGAAAAGGCCGACAGUCCAACUGGAACCCUCAGCACCUCCUGAUUUUGCAAGCUCAGUUCGCCUCGAGCCUCUUCCAGACAUCAGAGGGCAAAUACCUGCUGUCGGAUCUGGGCCCCCAAGAGCGGAUGCAGAUCUCCAAGUUCACUGGACUGUCCAUGACCACGAUCAGCCACUGGCUGGCCAAUGUCAAGUACCAGCUCAGGAAAACGGGCGGGACAAAGUUUCUGAAAAACAUGGACAAGGGCCACCCCAUCUUUUAUUGCAGUGACUGUGCGUCCCAGUUCCGAACCCCUUCGACCUACAUCAGUCACUUGGAAUCUCACCUGGGUUUCCAAAUGAAGGACAUGACCCGCAUGGCCGUCGACCAGCAAAGCAAGGUGGAGCAAGAGAUCUCCCGGGUGUCGUCGGCUCAGAGGUCUCCGGAAACAAUAGCUGGCGAAGAGGACACAGACUCUAAAUUCAAGUGUAAGUUGUGCUGUCGGACAUUUGUGAGCAAACAUGCGGUAAAACUCCACCUAAGCAAAACGCACAGCAAGUCACCCGAACACCAUUCACAGUUUGUAACAGACGUGGAUGAAGAAUAGCUCUGCAGGACCAAUGCCUUAGCUCCAACUUUCCAGCCUGGACCCCUCACACUGGCCCUUCUUCAUUGCACCUCUCUGCUUUGACAUUGAACUCAUUGAACUCCUCUUGACACCCUGGCUCCAAGAAGACUGCCAAAAAAAAAAAAAAAAUCACCCCAGCCAUUUCUCUUCAUCCUCACUAACAAUUUGGUAAUGAAGUAUUGAUUUCCACUUCUCUGCUAUGGACGAUAUUAGAUUUUUUCAUUGAUAAACUGCAAUGGGGCUGUCUCGUCUCCACAGUCCCCUUUUCACUGUCACAAGAAAACAAAGUGCCACUGAAGAAAAAUAAUGACUGAGAACAUUAAUGUACUUAUUUUGUCAGUUUGUAACAGGAAAGGGUGGGGGGAGUAUAAGUCUUCAUAGUUUAAUGUCCAAGUGGGCUGUACUAGAUGUAGACACUUGGAAGCUUUACUUUUCAUGGUAAUGUCCAUUUCCUAUUUAUAACCCCUCUGGGAACGUUUGUCUAAAGGAAAUGUUUCUGUUCAGUGUAACAAUUACGGUUGCACCUGGAUUGCCCAGUCCUGCCCCUGCACUAGGGAGCCAUUAAUCACUGCAAAGCAGAAGAAUUAUUAAGUUAAACCAGAGUUUGAGCCAAGAAAACCUCGGAACAAUGUUCAUCUUCUGUGAAAGUUAGGCUUAACUAUGUUGCUGCCAAAGACUUUUCCCCAAGCAAUGGUAGGCAUCUUUUGCAUCAGCGUCAUCUUGAUUGGUUAAAAAAAAAAGAAGAAAGAAAGAAAGAAAGAAAGAAAGAAAGAAAGAAAGAAAGAAAGAAAGAAAGAAAGAAAGAAAGAAAGAAAGAAAGAAAGAAAGAAAGAAAGAAAGAAAAAACAAUCAUUCUAAGCAUGCAUCACUGUCAUGAGAGCUGCAAACUGGGAGAACUGAUGAGAUGUGGGAUCUGAAGAAAGCAGGAUGAGACCAGUGCAGGGUGGAAAGUUCAGCGGCAGUCUUUUCUGGUAAUCUCUUUCUGCAGGACCUGUUGUACAUGGGCUGUAAAAAGCAGUUUAGCUUCAGAAGCUACAGAAAGCAUGAAAUAGGGUGUCCAUUUUAAAUGUGUUCCUGCAACUUUUUUCAUUAAAACUUUGAGGGCCCAAUUUUAAUUUGUGGAAUAUUCCCGUUAAUAAUGAGAUCUAAUUAAGACAUCCAUUAAAAGCCCGUUAAAGUUAAUUUAACGUAAAAAUUCCAAUAGAACUGUAUUAGAUUUUCUCCAUUAAAUUAACGUUAUGGAUUUUUAACGGAUGUCUUAAUUAUACAUUAUUAUUAACGGGAAUACUGUAUUACACAGAUUAAAAUCAGGUCCUAAGUCAACUUGGAAAAGCUAAGAGCAUGUUUUACUAUUAAAAGUCUUGCAUACCUAGUGCAGCAUUCGAAAAUGCAGGGGUAGAUCUGUUUACUCUAGAUGAGCAUUUUCUAUACAAUUGAAAGCAACUUAUUAUAGAUAAAUCCAUCAUUGCAUUUAAACAAUGAAUUUCCUUAAUCUCAAAGGAUAAAUAAGACUGGAUUGUGUUAUUAACUGCUAUUCAGCUACAGGUAAAAUAUUUAGACUAUUCUAGGCACUGCACUAGAAACUAGAUGACUCUGAAACAAAGAAAGACUUUGUGUCAUUGCUUUAAUUACCAAGGUAGGAAGUAAAAAAAAAAACUCAACAUUUACAAAAUGAAGCCAAAUAUAUCCUUCUCACCAUCUCUCAUGGAGGUUGCCUGUUGGAAUUCUUUUGGAAAUUUUGACAUGAUCCCUAAAUUCAACAUUGGGAUUUAAAAAAAAAAAAAAAAAAAAAAACCUUCUUAUUUACCUCCUAGGGAAAGUGUUGCCCUUAUGCCACAUAUAAUAGCAAAUUGCUUUUUUUAUGGCAUGCAUAACCUAGAUGGGAAAAAAUAUGGCGCUUCGGGGAAGGAGGGAAAAAGUAAAUGAA